GCAGUCGGGACGGCUCUCGAAACUUUUCUGCAACACUCCACAAAGUGUGUCCGGCGUCCUGCCAUGCCGGGACUGUAACGCGUCUCGGAUCGCUGGUCUGCUCCCUUCGCGCUCCAGAGAGUCAUGGCUCCGUUUGGGAAAAACUUUCUGAAAGCUCGACUGAAAAACAGAACGAAAGAUGCCGAGCCUGUGGUGGGGAAAGAGAUUCAGGUUACUGUCUGCAAUGAGGAGAAAGUUGUCUGCGGAGUAACGAAGCAUACGACAUGCGUCGAUAUGAUUCAGGCAUUACUGGACGAUCACAAGUCGAUACCAGAGAGCAAGCGGCUCCUUCACGGCGAACCCAAAGACUUCUGUGUGGUUGAGCGGUGGAAGGGUUUCGAGAGGGCCCUGCCUCCUCUCACCAGAAUCCUGAGACUCUGGUACGCCUGGGGUGACCAGAGACCCUUCAUCCAGUUUAUUCUGGUCAAAACCAGCGACUUUGUGCCUCAGCCCUCCAAGAAGGCCGGAAAGUCCAAGGGGGCCAAGCCGAGGAAAUGGGAUCACAGUCGAGCUCAGCACACCCAGGCUCUGCCGGUAGAGAGGCAGAAGCGCAUGGUGAAGAAAGCUUUUAGAAAGCUGGAAAAGCUUCACAAGGAGAGCAAGAGCUCUCCAGGUGCCGACGAGGUCGACCGGAUGGUGCAGCUUAUUCUAAAUCAGGACCACACCAUCCGAGAGCAGAUCCAACGCAUGAGGGAGCUGGAUUUGGAGAUUGAUCGGUUUGAUCUGGAAGAGCAGAGGGAAGCUGGGUGUGAAGGUCCGCUGGCUCAGGCCUGUGCUCAGAGUUUGGAGGUGCUCAACGACAGGCAGCUGGAUGAGUACCUGUACACCAGCGACGGGGUGGAACAGCUCGAACUGCAGGUUCAGAGGCACCAGGAGCUCAUCCUGCAGCUGUCCCGGGAUAUAGACGCUGAGCUGAGGAGGGCCAACUUCCCUCUGAGCCAAUAUGAGGCCGGUGAACAGGAAGGAGCCGCCGCUGCGUCCUGGAUCCCAUCGGAGACCAACGAAUCGUACUACACCGCCGAACUGGAGAGGCUGCAGGAUGACCUGAAGCACAGCCUCUUCACCGGCGUGUCCCUCUACAACCAAGCUGCAGAAAUAGACAAGCAGCUGAAAUACUAUGACGCUACACUGGUCUCCAAGGAUCAGGAGUGCUGGCAGCUGGCUGCCCACCUGAGCUCAUUGCAAAUCGGGGACGGAGGAGAAGAGGAGCAGUCCAGUCCUGUCCCUUUAAAAAGUGAGACUCAGUGCAGCGUCUCACAGACAGUGAAACUCAAACACAGCCUGUCCCCUGUAGACGUUACAGACACAGACUCAGACACUGGGAUUAGUUCCACACACAGCCAGGACUCGCUGUCACCAUGUCUGGACUUCCCUCCCCCCCUGGACACAGAUGUUUGAACAACCCAGCUGACCCUGCAAUUUACUGUCCUGUAUGCACCAGCUCCAGUUUGUGCCUGUCCUGUGUUGUCAUUACAUUUGAGUCACAAAACUAAGUAUCUGUUUUUUGUUUUGUUUUUUUUUUGUUUUGUUUUUUUUUUCUGAAGGAUAAAUCCCAGUUGGUUUUUCAUGAAGCUUUAGGGUCAUUUAACUGGAGCUUAAGUUGAUCAGCAGAAAAUAAAUCAGCAGUUAUUUUGAUGCUGAUAUAUUGUUUUUCGUUCGUUAUGAAAGCGACAACACAAAACAUGCAGCUUCAGCCUCUCAUGUGUAAGGUUCUUCUGCUGCUUUUCUUUGUCAUAUAGCAUAGCAUGAUUAUUUUUGGAUUCUAGACUAUUGGUCAACAAAUAUCAAUGUGAUGAUCUUACUUUGGAUUACAAGGAAUUACAAUGGAAUUAAUUUUAAAACAGUAUAGAAUGAAUGAUUUAUUAAUAAACAGGUCAUUUUUGUGAUGAUUUUAAAGGUAUUUUCUCAGUCAGAAGGAUGGCAGCCUUAAGUGAAGUACAUCCUGUCAUGAUUUACGUUAACUGAAAUUUAGUCUUUAGUAUUAUCAUCAGAUAUAUUUGAUAUCAGUUUGUAUAUUUACAAUGUUGUGUUUCAUACAUCGUUUGUACUUUUUGUGUAUUUUUCUAAAUUCUGGGAAAAAGCAACUGAUAGAUAAGUCACAGCUUAUACAUUUUGCUUCAGUGAAAAGGGCUGACAGAGAAAAUGCCUUCAGAACUGCUGGGAGGGUCACACAGUGUUUCUGGUUUCUAAACGGCAAAAACGAUGCUACAGUCAGUGUAAUGACAUCACACACAUGGCACAAAGCUGGAGCUAUUUACACACCAACUAUAGUCAAUCACUGUUUAUGACAGUGCAGUUUUCCGGCUUGUAAUUUUACAUUUUUGCCGCUCAAAGAAGCAAAGAUUUGUUUCCUCAGUGCAGCCAUGCCUGAGGUGCACCGCGCUUACUUAUUUAGUGUCUUUCUUCCUUUACUUAAUGAUGAUGAAUGUAAUGCUUAUUUCUCGUCUUACAGUUCUCAAGCUAUAUGAAGCUGCACUUCUUUGUACACAGUUAUGAGUCUAUUAACAGUGUUUUAUAUUAAAACAAAUAGCUAACCGUCUUUGGAUGUAGAAUUUGAAUUUUGUUAAAGAUGUUACGUUGCUCUCGAUUUCACUGUAUAUACACUGCUGUAACCUCUGAAGAUGAUUGUUUUUACGACACAGGCGCAAUUUGCAAAGACGAUUUGAUAACCAAAAAAAAAAAUGAGAAAAACAUAUUUAUUUAUCACAUAAUUGCAUUUCACAGAUAAGACUUUAUUAUGACUGUUUCCCCUCUGAGGUGAUAAUCUCCCUCUGCCGCUGAUCUGAUCGAACACAUCAUGUUUCCGGACCAAAAUAACACAAAUAUCCAGCGCUGCAUUUGUGUGAACCACGCUUGAAAACAAAAGCUAUGUGCUUAAAGUAAAAUGUACAUUUCGUCUGUCAUAAUAAACACUAAUACUGUUAGUCACAAAGACUAA